UCUGUGUUUUUUAACCAUCCGAACACAGAUUAGUGUAUUCCACUAUCUUCAUUGUUUUUUUCCUAACAGGAUCAUUUCGUUCGGAGCUGAGGAGGCAGAAACACAACAACAUAUGAGAUGGAAGCUGCAAAGGGAACCGUCAAAGGUGUGGCUAUCAUCAUCGGAGACAACAACAUUAGAGGCUCUCUUCAGUUUCUUCAGCACCCCAAUGGGACCACCCAUGUGACAGGGAGAGUGACAGGGUUGUCCCAAGGCUUUCAUGGGUUCCAUAUUCAUGCUUUUGGUGACACCACCAAUGGCUGCAACUCCACUGGUCCUCACUUCAAUCCGUUCAAGAAGGAUCAUGGGGCUCCUUCAGAUGAUAAGCGCCAUGCUGGUGAUUUGGGCAACAUUGCUGCAGGCCCUGAUGGAGUUGCUGAGAUUUCUAUUAGAGAUAGACAGAUUCCUCUAACUGGAGUUCACUCCAUAAUUGGAAGGGCCGUUGUUGUGCAUGCUGAUCCUGAUGAUCUUGGAAGGGGUGGGCAUGAACUCAGCAAGACUACUGGGAAUGCUGGUGCAAGAGUAGCAUGUGGUAUCAUCGGGCUCCAGUCAUCUGUUUAGGAUAGUUUACCUAAAGAUGAUGUAUUAACAGAUGGUGUAUGCAAUGUCAUUUGACUUAUGUGUUAGAUCACAGUCAUGCUGUAACUACUUUUACAGUAACUCUAAUGACAAACUAAAGUUGUACUACAGUGUUACUUGGGUGGAGUUGCUAUGCUUGUUGCGUUUAGUACAUAUAAUAUAAGCUAUAAGUGCAGCAAAAGAUUAUAAUCAAGUUUAUGGUUAAAUUGAAA